AAAACAACAAAAAAAAACUGAAAACUAAUAGAGUUAAACCAAGGGCAAUGAGACAAGAAGAAGAAAGCUACAAAUAAGUUAUUGAAGAUGCUCCUCUAGGUAGGCUAAUGUUUCUUUGAUUCUGAAAUAUAUUCAAGAAAAGAAGAUGGAUUCAGGGCUAUCAUGGGCUGAUCAAUGGGAUACAAACCCUGACCCUCCUCCGAGUUGUACAAAAGAAGAUGAAGGCAAAAAGAAAACAAAGAAGGACAAAGAUGGAAGCAGAAGAAUCUUUGGGAAAACCAUACUUGGAUUUAAAUGGAUGAAGGAUCUCCGCAAGAAACCUGAAAAGUGAUUAGUUAAUAACCAAAAUCACUGUUUCAUUGUAUCUAUAUCACUUUGAUUAUUGACAUUCUUGUGCAUUUAAU